UCUCUCAGCUGUCCUCUCGAGUGAAGGUGGCACAACAGCCUUUCAGGCAAAACUGAGGGACGGUAUGCUGCCGUUCAUUCAAUGCUGCUACCGGGGCUAUCAGCCAAACACAGAAUGGACUGUCAACACAGAAACAUGGCUGCCUCUGCAACGGGCAAGGCGAAUAACAGAGAUAACGCUAUAACAGACAGUCCGAAAUGCAAUGAAGAGUCUCUGUCGCAGUCACGGGAAAUAAUAAAACCCACUAUCAUGGAGCUGACCAAAGAAGUGAGGACGAACAUCCUCUGCACCGUGGAAGGAUGUGGCAAGAUUCUCCCCAACACACCUGCGCUGAACAUGCAUCUUGUGAAGUCACAUAGAAUAAAGGAUGGUAUUGUCAAUCCCACGGUCAGAAAGGACAUGAAGGGCUCUCAGAAGCUUUACUGCUGUCCCAUUGAGGGCUGUCCCAGGGGGCCCAACAGACCCUUCUCGCAGUUCUCCCUGGUUAAACAACACUUUAUGAAGAUGCAUGCAGAGAAGAAACACAAGUGCUCCAAGUGCAACAAUGGCUACAGCACAGAGUGGGACCUAAAGAGGCACAUAGAGGACUGUGGGAAGACCUACCACUGCACAUGUGGAUGCCCCUAUGCCAGCAGGGCUGCUCUACUAUCACACAUCUACAGGACAGGACAUGAGAUUCCCACAGAACACAGAAUUCCUCCAGUAAAAAAGCGAAAGAUGGAGAAACUGUUAAGUGGUUCUGAAAAGGUUAAGAGCAUUGAGUCAAGCUGUCAGAUCAUUCCUGCUACUAAAGAGCUGACAGAGACUGCUCUCCCUUCUCAUACAACUGUUCAAAUCCCAGACUCAGUGAGUCAGAACUCCAACCCACGUAAGAGCCUCCAGAAGUUGCUUCUACCAAAGCCCAAGAUGGCAUUGGUUAGUGUGCCUGUGAUGCAGCUAGCGCACCUGCCUGUCCUCCUUCCAUCCACAGAAAGUGGGGCUCUGAGGUCUGUAGUGCUGGCAGUAGACACCCAAGGCUCCCUCAGCACUCUUCACCUCCUGCCACAAGCCACAGGAGCGGUGGUACCCCAACUUGAUGCUAAGAGUUUGGGUUUCAAGGAUAGCAUGCCUACUUCCCGUUCUAGCCUGGGGCCCAUUAGCACAGGGGUCCAGGUCAGUCUGGAUGCAGAGGACUCGCCCAGCAGCUUGGCAGGACAACCAACAUUCACCUCCACCAACAUUCAGACAGACAAAUCAUACUUGUCAAAAAUGCCCACAGGGUUGGGUGUUGGGGAGGGAAUAGGCUUGUGCUCUGUGGGUGAGUCCUCAGUAUCAUCCUGCUCCCAAACAGACAUCAGCGUGAGUGCUCAAGUCCUCCUCCCCGUCAGUGUUGAAACCCAGACAUUCUCCUCCCGAGCCAAAGCCACAUCUUCUAUUGGAGCUCAGACAGAUAGCCAGUGCCUGAGCCAAAUUCCUUGCUCCUCUUCAUCUGUGCCCCCAUACAAAACCAGGCAGACACAGACACAUUUUGCCAUGCCACAAUCAGAAGAGAAGGCUCAGGACCAGACUAUCAUGUGCACUGACCUAUUUGAUAAUGACUCCCUGAGUGUCUCCACCCAGACAGCUCUGGACUUAGAUGACACCCUCACUGCUGCAGGAGACAGUAUAUAUGAGGACUCAAAGUCAGCAGGUGGUAUGUGUUUUGGGGUGCAGACAGAUGAGCUCAACUCAAACAACAUGGCAGACAACCAGACCCAGACAAUGACCUUGUUAAAUGACUUAGAAAACAUUCUGUCUGACAGCAUGUCAGGCCACCAGGUGCUCACUGAGGCCUCCGCAGGCUGUGGUUCAGGUCUGGGCUCUGUUCAGGAGCAACACAACGGCAUAGACUUUGACUUUGAAGAGUUCCUCAAUGCCGUGCACAUCCAAACACAGACAGAGGAGAGUGAGUUGGGAGGAUUGGGCAAUGACACGCCUCUGGAGUCUCUGGACAUCCAGACCCAGACAGACUUCCUCCUGAUUGAUGAAUUGGACCAAAGCGAAGGACCAAGUCGAACCCAAGCCAGCGACCUGGAGCUAUUUGAUACUCAAACUCAAACUGACCUCAAUUUCCUGCUGAACGCUGGAAGCCACAUGCCCCUGAGCAGCAUCCUGCGACAUUCAAGCUUUUCUAUGAGCACCGAGUCCUCAGAUACAGAAACACAAACCGAUCUCCCUUCAUUUGCCACUGGCCUCUCUGCUCAGACCCCUGUCAGUCAGGGUGAACAUGCACGGCUGCUGAACAGCACAGAGACACAAACUGUGACCAGCCAAGCAGAAGGCCUGGGACACCUCUUCCUGACCAGCAACGAAACACAAACUGUCAUGGAUGAUUUCUUGUCAGCAGACCUUGCGUGGAAUAUGGAGUCCCAUUUCAGCUCCGUGGAAACCCAGACAUGUGAGGAGCUUUGUGCUCUCUUUCAGCACCCUGAGAAACCCAACAGCUGAAGCCCUCUUAGUGAAGCUGCUUAAGCUUUUGCAGUACAGGUCUCUGAUAUCUGCCUCUUCCUGUAAGAGGAAUCAGUCUAUGCUGUCUUCUGGUGGACCAUAGUCUUAGCAGUAAGAAGUCUGAAAAUGUCUUUGAACAUUCCACUGAGGUCAUCAUGUCCAGAGCCUUUCCAGGUGUAUAUCCUGGCUGCUGUGCUGCACUUUAUUAGCUCAGUGGGCAUGGUUUAUCAGCUCCUCUGACCGUUUACAUAUUUAUUUGCACAUGAAGUAACAUAUUGUAUGUGUCUUGUCUUAAAUGCCAGUUUACUUCUAUAUUUCAGUGUAUAACCACUGUGGAUGGUUUUCACUGUUUGGUCUUACUAGCAAUUUAAAAAUGACUUAACAUUUCAUCAAUGUUAGAUCUGCACUUAAAAGGGAUGACAUCUUUUGCUGUGCGUGGCUGUCAGGAAAAGGCUUAUAAAAUUGUUACCCUGUAUAACAGCUUUCAGAUAUGCAUAUACCGCAUGAACACAGUUUCAUCUCAAUCGUACAGUGCACAAUAUUGUACAUGUAGAUUACGUAUGUUCGAAAUGUGCAUGGAGCCUUCACUUGGUCAGCAGCACAAACAUAAAAUAUCAAUUCUCCGCUUGUGUAUCUGAUGGAUGCCUCUUUGAUGUUGCCUUGUCAGCAGCAGCAAAACUAUAAACUAGUAAACCAGUGGAAAACUUGAGCAGUGAUAAUCAGUUUUAGAGAAUUAAACCCUGUAAAGCCUUCAACUAGGCAUUGAUCCAAGCUGUUAAGAUGCAUCUCUGAAAUAUACCGUUACUCAUACAGAUGUGGCACAAGUAUAAAUGAAAUGUUUGUCUUGUCGGUUGUUGCAGACCUUUCAUUGAAAUGUGAUUGUGAAGUUUGAUGUUUCGUAAACACGUUUUUUGUGUCUGGGUCUCCAUAGCUAAGCAGUCAGUUCAAGUCAGUAAGCAAAAUAGGCUGUCAUCGUCUGUGACUUAUUCAUUAGCUGGGUGUAAGUGUAUACAGUAGCAGUGCUCUGUGCUGAAGUGAUCCAGUGAUGUUAACUGUACAAAAACACAUUGUGGAUUAGAGCUAGGAUUAGCACAGAGUUAUUGUAUGUAUUCACCACCUGAUUUUGACUGAAAGGAGUCCUGUUGAAUAUCUUCUAUGAAAAUGAUUAGUUUCCACUCCUAACAAUUUGGACACAGUAUUUUAGUUUAUUGUAAUUAUUUUUACUCUGUUCUCCAAGCAUUUAAACUUAAUGUUUUGAUUGUGUUUUUCAUUAUACUGUUGCACUGAGUUACCUCAUUAUCCACAGGCACCACAUACAGACUGCGUUCCACUAGGCAAUAUAGAGCUGUAGGCCUUGUUUAUUUGUUCAUUUUGUUACGUUGGUGCCUUAACCUAAGUAUUAACUUUAGUUCUGUUACAGACAAUUGAAUUUGCUGCUUUGAGGUAAAAUAUUUAUCAGAAUUAUACAAGAAUAUGUUUUGGAAAAUCACACUAAAAAAUUGUCAGAAUCCUUUCUGUCUUUGCUUUGCAUGUUUAGUACGUUCUGUAUUGGUAUUUUCAUCAUGGUUGCAUGAAAUAUUGGAAUGUCCCUAAUUGUUCUCCAUAGUUUCUAUGGAAAGAUUUAUGUCCUGAAAAUAAUGCUAUGCAGCAUUUUACUGAAGAGUUUGUUUGAUGCCAUCUUACUAUUUUUAUGGAGGGAUGGUUAAUGCUGAUACAGUUUAUAGAUGUUUGUAGAAACUGAAGAAUGUACAGAACAUGACACUGUGCCCAAGUUUAACAUGCUCUAUUUUUUGCACCAUAUCCAAACAGUUUAAGGAUAAUUUCCAUUUGUUAAUAAGGAUUUUUGACAUUCAUAUCAACUUCAACAUUUGUUGUAUUUACAUUAGUACUUCUUGGUUGUGGUUCUUGAAUACAAAUACAGCAUAGCUGCUCCCCGCUGGUUUAGUGGCAUGGGGGAAAAUGACUUGCUUACAACAGAACUAUGUGUAGAAGCCAUGUCAGUCUCAAGUGUCAGUGCUUUAUUUUCCCUUCUGUAAGAAGUGCAUGCUGAUAUUUUCCCAGCACAAAAUAUUUGUUUUAACUGAAUUUGAGUUUUCUUGCCUGUAGUAGAGUUAAUGGUUGCCUUGAUUAAUUGUUGAAGCUACACUACAGAUGUCAUUAAUAAACUGCUGGAAAGUA